AUGGUAAGACGCUGUUGCGUAAAAUCUUGUGAGAGUCGCGACUUAAAGAAGGACGAUAAAAUAACACUUUUUAAAGCACCUAUUGAUUUAAAGGAGAGAGAAAAGUGGGAAAAUAUUUUAAGCACAAACAUAAGUGCAGCCGCUUACGUUUGUGAAAAACAUUUUCACGAAAAUGAUAUUAAAAAAGGUGAAGUUGUGCGCGAUGCUGAUGGAUUUAUUAUGUAUUGUUUUUCGUCAAAACGACUGGUCAAAGGAGCUUUUCCUUGCAGUCAUGAUAAUUCCGAUUGUGAAGAGGAGUUUCCAUGUAGUAAAAGGUUUAAAAGUGAUGUGGAUGAAUGUUUCUCAGAAAAUCUUUUAGAAGAAAAUAUGGAUAUAGACGAUUUACCCUGUAAUAAAAGUGAAAUACAGGAAGAAUUAAUUAAUAGUAGCCUAAAGCCCGAAGAUCCUAAUGUCAACAAUACAGUUCCUAUAAUCAGUUUAUAUGAGGAUUUAGUACAAAAUUUAGGAAAUUUAAAGCUGCCAAGGGAUGAAUGGGGAACAACGCACUGCAAGCAAACCAAAUUACUUGUUUUUCCUUUUCUAAAAGUAAUUCCAUCUUCUACUAGCAGAAGUGUUACACCAACUUUCACUAAACAGGUAACGGUUAAUGGUGAAUCUGAGGUGCAUUUGAUAUUCUUAGGACAAAGUCUUGAAUUGGAUUGCGUAAAAAACAAACCAUCAAGUUUCAAGGAGUUUGAAAAAUUACUUUUUGAAAUAGAUAAAUUGGAAACUUGUGUAGGAGGUCCCGGCAGUCAUAUGUAUAAAAAUAUUCAUCCUGAGUGUGCACAACGAGAUGGAGUAACAUGGAGGCAUAACAAAUGUCCAAAAGUUAUGGACAACGGAACCGUAUGCCCUUAUUGUCUUUCAUUAUAUCAAUUAUUACCUCAAAAUUUGAAAAGGCAAGACAAAUCAAAAAUAAGAGUUAGAGUACCAGGAACACCGACAACACGAAAUAAAAUCAGACUAUCAAUAAAAAGGCAGCAAGUUGUAAAACAAAGACUCACUAGGAAAGAAAAAAAGCUUGAAGAAUUACAGAUAGAACUGAGUGAAGUACAAGAUCGGUUGAAUGUAAUGGAAAAAUCGAGUUUUGCAGAGAAGCUUAGAAGUUGUUCGGAAAAACUUCCUGCAAAUCAGGUAAACAUAAAAUUUUGGUGAAAAGAA